AGACAAAAUAAAAGAGAAAGCUUCCAAAAGACUAACCUUUUCUCACCAGUUCACUAUGCAAUUGCAAACCACGCAUACGCAUAUCUACCUUUCUCUUCUUAUUGGAUUCUUGCGUUGUUACGCGUCUUCUUAGAUGCUUCAUCACUUCACUUUCUUCUUCUCUUCCACUGUCACUUUUUGUGAUCUACAACAUUUGCUCUCGAACCACUAAAUCAUCUCCAUACCCAAAGCCACCGACUUGGGUUCAAGAUCUGAAAGCUUUCGACUUUUCACUGUCAAUCGCAGAAUUGAGAAUACCCAGUAGCCAAAGCUCGGGUCUUUGGCCUUGUGGGUCGAAUUUGUAGGGGUUUAGGGUUUUGUUUUGUUCUAUAGAAGCAAUGGUGGAUUCUAGUGGAAGUUGGAGAGAUGCGUAUAAAGGAAUGUCGUCUGAUAAUGUAAAGGGUUUAGUGUUGGCUUUAUCUUCAAGCUUAUUCAUUGGUGCUAGCUUCAUUGUCAAGAAGAAAGGACUUAAGAAAGCUGGUGCUUCUGGUCUCAGGGCAGGGUCAGGAGGUUAUUCUUACUUGCUUGAGCCUCUUUGGUGGAUAGGCAUGAUAACAAUGAUUGUGGGGGAAAUUGCAAACUUUGCUGCGUAUGCGUUUGCACCUGCCAUUCUAGUUACUCCUCUUGGCGCGCUUAGCAUUAUUAUCAGUGCUUCUCUUGCACAUAUCAUCUUACAAGAAAAGUUGCACACUUUCGGGAUCCUUGGUUGUGCUUUAUGUAUCGUUGGUUCGGUAACAAUCGUGUUACAUGCUCCACAAGAACAAGAUAUUGAUUCCGUUUUAGAAGUAUGGAAUCUUGCAACAGAACCUGCUUUUCUCUUCUACGCUGCGGCUGUGGUAGGAGCAGCUAUUGUACUUAUAGUUCAAUUUAUACCACUUUACGGGCAAUCCCAUGUCAUGGUAUAUAUCGGUGUUUGCUCUCUUAUAGGAUCAUUAUCGGUUAUGAGCGUCAAGGCGCUUGGAAUAGCGUUGAAACUCACUUUUUCUGGAACGAAUCAAUUAGGAUACCCGCAAACAUGGGUCUUCACUGUGAUAGUUCUUAUGUGCGUAAUAACACAAAUGAACUAUCUAAACAAGGCGCUAGAUACGUUCAACACGGCAGUGGUUUCCCCCAUAUAUUACGUUAUGUUCACGUCAUUGACAAUCUUGGCUAGUGUCAUCAUGUUUAAGGAUUGGGAUCGGCAGAACGGAACACAGAUCUUUACAGAGCUGUGUGGGUUCGUCACAAUCCUAUCUGGAACUUUUCUUCUUCACACAACAACGGACAUGGUUGAUAGCGAGUCUAAAGGAAAUUUAUCAUCAGACGAUAAUCAUCUGCUUCUGAGAAUUCCAAAACAUUCAGAAGACAGUAACGGGUUUGCGCAGGACGGCAUCAUUCUCAGUCUAAGACGCCAAGAGUCUGCAAAGUCACCACGGCCUGCUCGUCAAACCAAGCAACUAGAAGAUGAUCUUGAAGCUGUACCACUCCGAAGACAAGAGAGUUCAUUACGUUCUUAAGAUUGUUUCGCCACAUAUACAUGUAUAUAUAUAUAAUCUAUCCCUCAAGGUCUUCAGCGCCUAAGAGCAUUGCGUUUGGUAUCAUCGGCUGAAGAGAGACGGCAUUCUUAAUUUCUUAUAGGUAGCUGAGCCAUUUUUCACAAUAUCUUUUGUUAUACUGAAAAGUUGGGUUCUUCGGAAAUGUCAUGUGUCACUUGUUUGGAGAAACUGUUUAUAUACACGUAUAUGUGAUUGAACCCUGAUUAAUCAGAACCGAA